AGCUUGACCUACUUGGGUCCCCAUAAUUGCUCCCUUCCUUCGUUGGGAGGCUACAAAUAGGGAUGUCCCGUCUCUAGCCUCCUACAGCUGAAACCAACACCAGCGGUGAGUACGAGCUGCUUGGGUGCUGCCCUGGAUUGGGAGGCAGGGCAGCUCAGGGUCUGGGCGUGGGUGCAGAGGGACGAGCACAGCAGGGACUGGCCAGGUGAGGGACGUCAGAUAUGGUGGGCUCAGGGGCCCUUUGUACAGUGAAGGGCUGUCUGGAAGCUUGGGCUAGGGGUGUGGAGCGUUGAGGUCUGGCAGGGGUCGGGGCUUCACAGGGAAGAGAGGAUUCCCUCCAGUCUCCAGGCACCCAGCUUCUGGAAGAGCAACUGUGGUGGUGCCAGCCAGGCCGGCCGGAGCCCAGAAGGGCAGCUGAGCACCCCUGAGUUUCCUUAUUCCCUGCGUGUGUGGCCCUUUCCUCUGCUGGGAACACAGACACCUUGCUCCCAUGCUGGUCUGUCACAGAGAGACCACAGGCAGUGCUUUGCCCCAUCGCCCCGCCCCCAGCCGUGCCAGCCUUCUGCUCCACAGGGCCCAGCAGAGGGGCAUCAGGGACAGAGCCAUGGCCUGGCAGCCUUGCUGCACACUCCUGUCCCCUAGGCUCACAGGGGAAUAGUACUGCCUUCCCGACUGCCUCAGGGUUUCCCAGGCUGGAGGCAGCCUCCCAGAAGGCCGUGGGAUUGGGGGGAGGCGGGCACUUCCAGGAAAGCCUGCCCCUCUGACAGAACAGGGUGGUCCUAUGCAGAGCCUUCUAUCUCACGACCUCAGGGAGCAGGGAGACAGCUUCAGGUGGGGGCAAAUCACAGACGGGUAAAUACCUGAGCUGACUCUCUCUGUGGACUGCCGGUUCAGGUCCCUGAGUAGGCCUGAGAGGUGGAAUGAACCCCAGUUUACAGUGAGGAUGGCCAGGCCUCUGGAGCAGGCGGUGGCUGCCAUCGUGUGCACCUUCCAGGAAUAUUCGGGGCGCUGCGGGGACAAGCACAAGCUCUGUCAGGCAGAGCUCAAGGAGCUGCUGCAGAAGGAGCUGCCCACCUGGACCCCGACCGAGCUGCGAGAGUGUGACUACAAUAAGUUCAUGAGUGUUCUGGACACCAACAAGGACUGUGAGGUGGACUUCGUGGAGUAUGUGCGCUCCCUCGCCUGUCUCUGCACCUUCUGUCACGACUACUUCAAGGACUGUCCCCCGGACCCCCCCUGCUCCCAGUAGGCUCUGCUCCCAUGGGCAAGGGUCUGCUGGGGCAGGACCUGAUACGCUGGCCGGGCCUACCCAUGAGGCUGGGGAAGUGAGGGGACCUCCCCAGGAUCACAGCUAGAAAAACACAGAGCAGUCAGUUGCUGCCUCCCUUCUGAGGCUGUGACGGGAGGGGGGCGAGGCUGCCCUGCACAAAUG